UGUUUUAUCUUGAACUUAGUUUUAAUAAAAGAUGAGGAUUUCCUACACCUCAAACCGAUUUCUCCUAUUCAUUAUCUUCACUGCAUGUUUAUGUUUAUUCUUUGCCAUUCAGAAAAAGAAAACUACACAUUUAAAUAAAUCCACAAAUUUUGAAAUCCAAAGCAAUGACUACUCCUCUAUAUCCGAUCUUGAACUUGAUAAGCUUCCUAGUGAAGAUGAAGUUUUAGAACUAUUCAAACAAUGGAAGAAAGAACAUGGACGAUUCUACAAUGAUCUAGAAAAGAUGGCAAAGAAAUUUGAAAUUUUUGUUACAAAUUUGAAGUAUAUCGCAGAGACUAAUGCAAAGAGAGACUCACCUGAGAGCGCUCUUCUUGGUCUGACCAAGUUUGCGGAUUGGAGCAACAAGGAGUUCAAAGAAACAUACAUGAACCUGAAAAGUCAUAGCAUGAAUAUUGUAAACGAUGAUGAUGUUAAUGAAUUAACAUGUAGUGAUCCACCUUCAACCUUGGACUGGAUGUCCAAUGGAGCUGUCACUCCCGUCAAGGAUCAACUUCUCUGUGGUUGUUGCUGGGCAUACGCAGCUGUAGGCGCCAUUGAAGGAAUAGUUGCAAUAAAGACGAAUACUCUUAUCAGCCUUUCAGAGCAAGAGCUUCUAGACUGUGAAUCAGAUGGAGAUUGUACUGGAGGAUAUGUAGACAAUGGAUUGAAUUGGGUAAAAGGAAACAAAGGGGUUGCAUCACAAGAUAAUUAUCGUUAUACGGCUAGCAAGGAUGCUUGCAGAGCCUCCCAGAUUCAAAACAGUGUGAAUAGUGGUAUUGAUUCAUAUCAAUCCGUGGAGAGAUCAGAUAGGGGGCUAUUGUGUGCGGUUGCUAAUCAGCCUCUUAGUGUUAGUAUUUACGCAGACUCACCCACUUUUCAACAUUACAAGAAGGGAAUAUUUAGAGGUGAAGAUUGUCCGCUGGAUCCUAAGAAUGUAACUCACGGCAUGGUACUAGUGGGUUAUAAUUCUUUAAACAAUGAAGAUUAUUGGAUUGUGAAGAACUCACAUGGGACAAGAUGGGGAAUAGAGGGUUAUAUGUGGAUCAAAAGGGACUAUGAUAAACAGUAUGGAGUGUGUGGAAUCAAUGGACAUGGUUAUUAUCCAGUCAAAAAUUAAAACGCUACAUUUGAUGAAUAAGUUAAAGAAAGGUUUUUGGUUUUCUAAGUCUAGAGUUUGUUACUAUGUGGUUAUUCUUCACGUUGUUUUGAAUACGUCAAUUCUCUAGUCCAUGAUUGUUAUUCUUGAUGUAACAUAAAAGUCAUGAUGAUAAAAUAGUUGGUAUUUUGUUUUUUUUUUUUUUUUUUUGUAAUCAAGAGAUAUAUUAAUAGAACAAAAAGUUCUAAACAAAGCGAUUACAAAGAGGAGGAGAUCAAAUCUCAGCAAAGAAAAAUAAACUCCAACUACACUCUAAGAAAGAUAAAACAAAGGGGCUUUACUAAAUUCGUAGAAGUUGUAGUUGGUAUGGUUAAUUUUCCCUAUGUAUGAUCAUCGCCAAAUGAGAGCCUUAAUGCUCCAAACCGAGUCUAGCACAUUCCACAAAACGUUCCGGAAAAUGAUUCCAUUCCGGAGCUUCCAAAUAAACCACGUAGUUGCCAUCCAAAUUGUCCCUUCCCUUCCGGAAUUAACUUUUUUAGAUUUGCAAAAACUAAACCACUUCCAAAAGCUACUAGA